AUGGUCACUCAAUCCACAACAAACUCAAACGCAGUCGCUCUCGUUACCGGUGGCAGCAGCGGCAUCGGUGCUGCGUCCGUCAAGGCCUUUUUGGCCAAGGGCGUCACCAAGGUCGUCGUCGCAGACUACAGCGACAGCCUCACCUCGGCCGUGCAGGCGUUCAGCAAGGCGUAUCCCGACGCCGAGAUCGUCGGUGUCAAGACGGACGUGUCCGACGAGGCCCAGGUCAAGGCCAUGGUCGCGACUGCCGUGGACAAGUUUGGCCGUCUCGACUAUGCCGUCAACUGCGCCGGUAUUGGCCUCGCUGCUCCGUUCACCGACACCACGACCGAGCUGUACGACAAGGUCACGGGCGUCAAUGAGCGCGGCGUCUUCCUCUGCGUCAGGGAGCAGCUCAUCCAGAUGCUCAAGCAAGACUACCAACCUUCGCGCGACGACCGCCGCAAGCAGCGUGGCGCCAUUGUGAACAUUGCGUCCAUCCUGGGCCAGUUUAGCUGCCAGAGCACCACAGCGUACGUCAGCAGCAAGCACGCCGUGUGCGGCCUCACCAAAUCGGCCUCGUUUGAGAACUCGUCAAAGGGCGUCCGCGUCAACGCCAUUGCACCUGGCUGGAUUGACACCCCCAUGACGGCUUCGGAAGGUGCCAACCUCCUCUUCCAGUGGGGCACCACGCCAGACCGUACCCCGCUCGGCCGCGGCGGCUACGCCGAGGAGAUUGCCGACGUUGUAGUCUUCCUCUGCUCCGAGGAGGCGUCGUUUGUCACUGGCGCCGUUUGGAACGUCGACGGCGGCUACUCGACUGUCUAG